UUGAAAUGCACACUUCAAAAUCCUCUGACGUGGUAGGAGAAGAGCAAGUGCAGAUCCUUGAAAUGGACACUUCAAAAUCCUUCGACGUGGUAGGAGAAGAGCAAGGGCAGAUGCUCUAUAUGGACACGUUAAAAUCCUCCAACGUGGUUGGAGAAGAGCAAGUGCAGAUCCUUGAGAAUGACACUUUAAAAUCCUCCAACAUGGUAGGAGAAGAGCAAGUGCAGAUCCUUGAGAAGGACACUUUAAACGUGGCAAACCAUUCUGUGCAUGACAAUGAGAAAUCACCAGAAUCUUGUGAAGAAUCAACUGCAUUUAAUAAGAAAUCAAUCCUGAAGAUGCUAGCAUCUGCCUACAUGAGUCAUAAACAACCCGCCCAAAUGAAACAGAGGAACUUGCCUCCCAGAAAAGUUUCACCGAGAGCACCAAUGCAACCUGCAACUGCCAUGACGAUAUCAAAGCCAGAGCUACUGGAGGAUCUAUCAAAGAUGAAACAAGACAAUGUGGUCAAUGUGAAAAUUGGAAAGAUGUUGUCAAAGAAGGGGAAGAUUAUAUCCGUGACACAAACUCUCUGCCCCGUGGUGGUUCUUGAGACUCGUCAAAAACUUUUUGGCCGGGACAACGUUGAAGGCAAACUUCAGUGCAGGCUCUGCCGUCGGGUUUUCCAAACCGUAGACAGCUUGAUAAUGCAUCAUGCCUUGCACAAGAAAGAGAGAGUUAAGUUUUGUCUUUGUUGCCAACAGUUUGUGAUAACGGUAAUCUCUGUCCCAGAGAACCACGUCUGCUCUGAUGCAUUUUCUAGAAACUCUCAAUCUUUGGGAAAGAAGUCUGUGACACCUAUCAGCCCUACAGCUCAACAGUUGGAAAAAAUGUUCUACUGUUCUUUCUGCAAGCGUGGCUACACACGGAGGCACCGCCUCAAAAUUCAUAAAUGUCCUUAUAAAUCUUCUCUGAAAUCCUCGCCCACUGUUGCCAACCAACGUCACGUCAAACUCCAAAAUAUGGAAGAGUGCAAUAGAGCAAAGCAAGACUCAAAAACAAAUCAAAUGUCAUCACAGCAUAUAAAUAUUGGCGUAGGCACAGAGCCGAUAAAGAUGGAGGAACAGAAUACAGAAUUUUCAAUUGACAAGAAAAAUCAGACUGGGUUGAAGAUGCAGCGGAAGGAUCUGAUAAAUCCCCCAGAAACCCAUGAGUCCAUUUUUGCCAGUGUUUCUAACUCCAAACCAACUGAAUCAACUGAAAACUCUGUUGGAGUACCAAGCAAAAUGGUUGAAAUGAAAGUAGAGGAAAAAGGUAAAUUGGUUGAAAAGGAGUGGACCAUGCCAUUGGAUGAUGCUGAAAUUGAUGUACUAAUAGAUGUAGAUCAAAAGGACUCAGAUGAGGAUGAUUUGACUGACGUGGCUAAAGACGACUGUGAUGAAGAUCAGGAUGUUGUCAUUGUAGAGCUACCUGAGGACAAGGAAAUUAAUUCAGCAAUACCUAGUAAUGGUUUUCAGGUGCAUGUGACUAAUAAAGGCGUGAAACGGUAUGUUUGCAAUGGGUGCCAGAGAAGCUACUCUCGCUUAUUUACCCUAAAGGAGCACUUGAAGAUUUGCGAGGCGAGAAAGUUGGAAGAGCAAAAGGUUGAGAAUGCAUCAUCUGAUUUGCCUGGGCCAAUUAAACGGUUUCCAUGUCCUCAAUGUGGCAAGUUCUUCAGCCGCAAAGACAAUCUAAAUAAGCACAGAAAAAAGUGCCAUGCAACAAAAACGGAUUCAGUAGUAAGUUCUAGAACCGUGGAGUCUAAAACAACACCUGCAACUCAGGAAAACUUAUUUGUCCUGUCUCCAUCUACAGAAAACCAAGCAGCCCAACAGGAGAGCACUCAAAAUGCUAGCAGUAGCAGAAACUGGGGGAUCAUGUCACUUCCAUCUGUACUCCCAAGAAGGGUGACGUGCGAAUGCGGAGCCUCGUUCACUUGUCCUCGACUUCUCUUCGAACAUCUGCAGGUGCAUGCGCAGGAGUCUUACAUUUGUCCUCACUGUGGUGAGAAUUUGCAGUCGUGGAUGGACUUUGAAGCACAUCAGCAAUUGCACAAGCAAUCUAAAAUCCCAGCAAAUGAGCAAAGAGGUUCCCAGCAACAACCUCGUUCAUUUUCUCAAUCGGUACCAUCGCAUGCUCCGACUCGACCGCAACAAUCUAGAGGUUGUUCGCCGCUUAACAUAAAAGCACAACCGCCUGCACUCUUGUCACCUCAACAUGUGAACCAUAGGUCAUUUCCUGAGACAUUGACUUGCCAUAAAUGCAAAAAGAACUUCAGUCUCCGCAGUUCCUUGUUAAGACACAUACGGUUACGUUGCAAAGGUGAUACUGCAAGUCAGAGGAAACACACUUGCUCUCGUUGUGGCGCAACAUUCAACAACCCAUUGACCCUUAAAGUUCACAUUCAAAGCAACACCUGUAAACCCGCAUUUAAACCGAUUCGAUGUCCGGUGUGUGUGCGUUGGUUCAGUUGUCUAGAUGGGCUCAAGAGACACCUAGUCUCGCACAGCAGGCAAGCUGGGCUGACAUGUCAGAUUUGUGACCAUAAUUGUCCAACACCUCAGGCACUCGAGGAGCAUAAAAGAAAUGUUCAUGGAGUCAUUAACAGAAUGACGCCAGCGGAGGACACACCGGAACGGUUGCCCCAAGCAGGCACACAAAGCAGUGCAUCUACUCCUUUUCAAUGUCCUAUUUGCCUUCGCAGUUAUCCGAAGCUUCAAUCCCUGAAGGAUCACUUAAGGAAAGUUCAUCGGCCUAAACAGCCAAAUCUGGGUACCGUAGAACCUGUCCGUUCUGGCCAGUUUCAGUGUCAGAUAUGCGCCCGCUCCUAUCAUGACAUAAAAUCGUUGAAAAACCACAGAAGAAGAGUGCAUCGUAUUUUUAGUGCUGCGUUUCAGCCAUCGAAGGUAACUGAGCAAAACCGCACUCCCAAUCAGUUUCAAUGUCACAUUUGUGCACGCAGCUAUCCAGAUGUACAGUCCCUCCGAAACCACAGAAGGAGGGUCCAUGGUAUCGUGGGUGGUCUUGAGGUGUCGAGGGGCAUGGCUCAACACAAUCUGUACAAGUGUCAGAUUUGCCAACGCAGCUAUCCUGACAUAGUGUCCCUUAAAAAUCACACAAGAAGGGUACACCGCAUAUUAGGGCCAGUGCCUGAAACAUCAUCAUCAACAACAACAAAUGACACAGAAGAUGAUCUAGAGCAGAAACCGAUACCUUUUCUGCAUACAUAAAAGUUGGAUCUACUGCUUGCUUUCAUUGCUGCAUAUGCGAUCAAAAUGUAAUUAAAAAAAAGACGUUAUAAAGCAGAAGUUUGAAUACAUUUUUAAGAGUAGUGAAAAAUAAUUUUGAAUUGUUUAAAAUGUUUAAAAAAAAUUUCAUAUCUGAUCAGUAGUAGAAUUUUGUUUUGUCUUGUUAAUAUCAUAUUUGGCUUCCUCUGUAUUUUAUUGGUUUCCUUAAUUCAUCUAUUGAAUACAGAUUUUUUUUUUAAUACAGAGAUUUUUGGUGAAUGCACUGUAUAAACUAAAAAAAAAAAGUUUUCUGCCUUUUUUUAUUGUAGCCGUUGUGUAUUGUUAGUCUACUGUAAAUAAUACAUUCUGAUGUAAAGAUGUCCUACGUUGCAUCAAUAAACACAAUAGUGACACCUU